GUGUGGCAGCAGAUGGUCGCGGCAAGGAGCACGCAGGCCUACCACGACUCUGAGUUUCCUGCAGGCCCUCGGGCAGUGGACGGCAAAAGCGAGGACCAACGUGAACGACGACCGUGUGGGUGCAGAUGUCUUCCGAGCGACGCUGUCGGAGGGCCUGGUGCCAUCUGCCAGCGAGGAGGGUCUGCUCUGCCGCUGCGGUCAGCCUGCGCAGCUGAGGAGAGUCCAGAAGAAGGGGCCCACCUAUGGGAGGCCCUACUACGCAUGCCCGUUCCGUUCCUGCCGCUUCUUCGAGUUUGCAGACCAGAAUUCGACUUUGGCUGCCCUGGAGCUGCAGUGGAAGCGCUUCCCUGCUUAUGGCAGCGGGUGGACAGUGGUGAGGGACGAGGGCUUCCGGCCUGCUGAUGUUCAACAGGGUGGCGUAGGUGACUGUUGGUUCAUGAGCGCGCUGGCAGUGGUGGCUGAGAGACACGACUUGAUGUGUAAGCUGCUGCCCAACAUGAAUGCAGGUGCAGAGAGUGGAUGUCAUGAAGUGCGACUUUUUCUGGAUGGCCGCUGGACGUCCCUUUUGGUGGAUGACUAUCUUCCGACAACCACCAAGCAGCGGCGCCCAACGGCUGAUGGCAGUGGCCUGGCGUUUGGCCGAUGUGCCAGGCGACAGCUGUGGGUGUCUUUAAUCGAGAAGGCGUAUGCCAAGGCACAUGGAGCUUACCGCUUCAUCAGUGGCGGCGAGACCUCUGAGGCGUUGCUGGAACUUACUGGGGCACCCACAGAGGUGGUGCAGUUCCGUGACCCAAGCUUUGACCCAGAGCUCUUUUGGGCACGGCUGGUUUCUUUGCUGCAGGCUGGGUGCCCCAUAGGAUGCGGCACGGGUGCCGAGACACUUGAGGAGCUGGGGCUGGUGGGGCAGCAUGCCUACUCAGUGCUGGAGACGGACUCGACUCCUGUGGCUCUGGGGCUGUUCGAGGAGCGCCGCGUCAAGGUGCGCAAUCCUUGGGGCGAGUGGACGCGCCGUGAACAAGAUGAGCUCCUGGCACAGCUUGGGGCAGCAGUGGUGCCCGAUGAGGGCAGCUUCUGGAUGAACUAUGGGGAUUUCAUCAAAGGCUUCGCGGUCGCCGACAUCUGCUAUGCAAGGGAUGGGUGGCACGCCCGCAGCUUCGAUGCAGAGUUCGCAGCGGCAGGCACUGGCUCCCGCACUGUGCUGCAGCUCCGAGCUUCGUGCGGUGUGGAAUGUUGGGUGAUGGCCAUUCAGCCCACAGAACGCGGGAAGCAGCUAAAAAGGCCACCUGGCUACUACUUGAAUGAUAUUUCGCUUCUCAUUUUCGAGGAGUCUGAAACUUCAGCUGAGCCCACCUUGGUGAAAGCAGCGAUUGGCGGAGCCCGACGUGAUGUAGUGUGCUCUGUGGUCUUGGAAGCAGACAAGACUUACAAGGUGAUGCCUGUAAGUUUCCGUGCAAGCCGUGGAUCCUUUGUCCUGCGCCUGUACAGCGCAUCGCCAAUCCAGGUCCGCGAAGAGGUGCCGUCGGCCGCGCUCGCCUGGUCAGCCCUGCAUCGCCUGGUGGCAGCUCCAGAGCCCCCGCAGGGAGUUCUGCGCAGGGUUCAGGACUUUGGUGUGGGCCGGCUUCUGGUGCUGGAAGGACCAGCCAUGGCCUUGGGCGUGCUGGUAAACCUGGGUCCUGUUGGCCUAGCAGUGGACCUCGGGGCCUUCGGCAACCAUGCGGCUCUCCGAAGCGCAGGAGGGAUUCAGGAAGGCACAGUGGAUGAGGACCGGAACAGGCAAGAUGCCAAGGGUGCAGCCAAAGGAAAGGAAAAGGGGAAGAAGCAGGCCAAGGCAGAUUGGCGACGGCACGGCCUUCAUGUUUUGGUGCCACCGUUCGCGCAACGGCUUGCUUUCGUUGCUGUGGCUCUGCUAGAGAAGAACUGGGAAUUUUCAUUGGAAUCCUUGGACGCAGAGCAGGUGGUUGAGGAAAGCAGUGAGUCGGCGCAGCCGGCACAGCCGGGAACAAAUCCGUUUGCACCCGUCGCUCUGCCGGACGCGGACCGACAUGAUCUGGAUGGGCUGGAGGAAUUUGAGGAGAUGGAGCUGCAAGCGGCCCUCCAAGAGAGUGCUAGACUUGCCGAGGCUGAUCGGAAGCUUCCGGAGGCAGCCCAGCAGGCGACUGAUGACACAUCCGACGACGAGCUGGAACUGGCUCUGAGGCUUUCGCUUGCAGAUGCCAAGGUGGAUGUGCCAGCUGUGCAGGAAGAGCCGCAUCGUGCGGGUCGAUGGAGUCGUCGGAACAGAUUGAGCUGA